AUGAGCGUCUUCAAAAAGGUCCUCAACGUCCUCGCCCCGGACGCCCAAAAGGCCGCCGACGGCCGUGACCAAUGGCCCAACCGCGCCUCCUUCGUGCUGGCAGCCAUGGGCGGCGCUGUCGGCCUUGGAAACAUCCUGCGAUACCCCUCCGUGGUCUUCGAGAACAACGGCCUGCAGUGGUUCCUCCCCUACUUCAUCUCCCUCAUCUUCCUGGCCAUCCCGCUGCUCAUCCUUGAGAUCUCCAUCGGCCAGGCCGCCCGCGGUGGCGGCGUCAUCGCCUUCAACACCAUCAGCAAGCACGCCCGCGGCGUUGGCAUCGGCACCAUCCUCACCGGCUACAUGGUGUGCACCUACUACGUCGCCAUCCUCGCCUGGGUCAUGAUCUACUUCCGCCACGCCUUCUACACCCCGCAGGCCUGGGCCGGCAGGGGCCAGGAGUUCUACAUGCAGGACGUCAUCGCCAACAUCGCCCCCGUUCCCGGCGAGUACUCUGACGACGGCAAGUCCGUCCUCAAGUACGCCAGCUACCCGGGCACCGGCCUCGUCGGCGAGACCGUCGGCUGGGCCGCCUUCGUCUGGUUCGUCGUCUACCUCUGCAUGUUCAAGGGCGUCGGCCUCUCCGGCCGCGUCGUCUACGUCACUAUGGGCCUGCCCAUCGUGAUGAUCUUCGUCCUCCUCGGCCGCGGUGUCUCGCUCCCCAACGCCGUCGAGGGCAUCAAGAUGUACGUGGCCCACUGGGACAGCUGGAAGCUGUCCUCCGGGCAGAUCUGGCAGGCCGCCGCUGGCCAGAUCUUCUUCUCCACUGGCGUGGGCUUCGGUUACUUCACCGCCUUCGCCUCCUACAAUCCCACCUUCGCCAAUGCCGUCCAGGACUCCAUCAUCGUUGCCUGCUCCAACUCGGCCUACGAGGUCAUCGGUGCCUUCGCCGUCUUCGGCAUCGUCGGCUUCCUCGGCCUGAAGCCUGAAGCGGGUGACAAGCUCGGGACUUUCACCGUCGGCUUCCUGACCUACCCGCUGGCCGUCUCCGAGAUGCCUGCGUCCGCCUUCUGGGGCGUCGUGUUCUUCUUCACCAUCAUGCUGGUCGGUCUCAGCUCGGCCUACGCCCUCGUCGAGUCCGUGGUCACCCUUAUCUGCGACACCGACUGGGGCAAAAAGGUCCCACGUACCAUCGUCUGCACGAUCGUCAUCACCAUCUCCUUCCUCCUAACGCUCCUCUACUGCACUCGCUUCGGCUUCUACCUCCUCGACGCCGUCGACACCUGGCUCAACAACUUCUCGCUCCUCUUCAUGGCCUUCUCCGAGUGCAUCGCCGUCACCACCCUCUACCGCUACAAGGAAGUCGUCGGCCAAGUCGGCAGAAUCCCCUUCCUCAUCUACAACAUCGGCUACGUCGUCGCCAUUAUUCUCGGCAUUGGCGUCGGUCAUGGCGCUACCCCCUGA